CUGCUUCAGUCAGUCAUGUCUUUGUGCAGGCAGGAAAACAAGAAGGACGGGGCAGCCUUGACUGGGCGUUUGGCAGGGUGCAGGAGCAGUAAACACCUGACACACAAAGGUCAGAGUGGAGAGCACGUAACAGGGAAGGGUUUACAACCAGUGACAUGCUUUUUCUGUCAUACCCGGGCCGUGGACAUCAAGGUACUUUUGCUGGUAAAUGGCUUUGAUAAUGCAGGUCAAUAGCGUAGCUAAGUCUUGUAUGAUAAACUGAAGCCCCUCCAGUCAAGUGACUCCCAGUCAUCUCAGGUCAUAUAGUCCAUGCCACCAGCUCUCAUUCCUUCCCCUCUGUCCAACAUCACAAGGUAUAAAGAGUGCAUUAAGCUGUCACACAGUGGAGUCAAGAGAAUACUCAGUAAAGACCCGUGUUUCAGGGCCGAGACAGGCUCACUGCUGCAGCUUAAACGGCCGCUAUCAAGAUGCCCGCCACCAACAAAAUCAUUUCUGACACCCGGAAGUCUGAUAAAGCAAAAAAAGCCAAAGCUGGAAACACAUCCACAGAUCCCAGCCUACGAGUCGAACAUCCCCGAACCAAAAUGCAGAGCUGAUCUCAUCAAACACUGGUUCAACAUAUCCCUGGACGACAAGACGGCCAAUAAGAUGCUGUGGAUCGGAGAAAAUGGUGCCAAGGUGGCCCGUAUGACUGACGAUCUCACUUGUCCCGUCUUGGAUAGACCCGAGAGAUAUGAGUAUUCUCCCCAGGUUCUGUGCAGAGAAGGCAUCCUGGGCUUCAGAGGCUACUGGGAGGUAGAGUUCUCAGGGUGGGUCAUGGUCGGCGUUGCGUAUGAACAAGCAGAAAGGAGGAUCAGCGACGUAUCCUGUGGCCUGGGAGAGAACGAAGAGUCCUGGGCUAUUGGCUGGUCUGGUUCCCACUAUGAGGCCUGGCACAAAGGCCACCUUAUGCAGAUCAUGGAGAUUCCUAAGUACUCCACAAUUGGUGUAUACCUUGACCAGCCUGCUGGCAUCCUAAAUUUCUAUGGUGUAGAGGAGGGAAAGGAGGGAGAGGAGAGCACGGGAGUCAAGGAGGUUCACAUUUUGCAGCAGAUUAGGAGCUCCUUUAAGCAAAAAAUGAUACCAGGUUUCUGGGUGGGGCCACAGUCACACUGUUUGAUCAUAAAGAAGGAGGAAUAAAGGACUAAAUCUGCAUUAUGAUAUUGCAUCAAAAUAACAUUCAUCACAGUCAGUGAUUAUUUGCUGAACGCUGGCUGAGAGACGAGUAACGCCAGCAUGGUCCUGUUAAUAUUUGUCUUCCAUAAACUUGCGUAAAUCCAACGCUUAUCAUAAUUAAAACAUUAGCACACUUGCUUAUACACAGUAUCUCUGAGGCAGAUAUACAGUUUGUAUCUAUCAAUAUAAGCAAUCAGUUGCUCUUAUGGACUUUCCUGAAACCACUGGACCACUCAAGGUUUAUACUGAUACGUUUAUAGUUAUUUUUAUUCCUUCAUUGUUUUUGUUUGCUAAGAACGUAUAGAGUUACCUCGUUUGAAAUGAAUUUAUGAAUAAUGUAAAGUAACCCUGAGUGAGAACAUUUUGAACUGGUAUGUUAACUCGUGUAUUAGCGAAAGACAAUGACAUGUACUGGAGGAAUUUACAGCACAGUAUACUGAUUAGUUUCAUUUCCUUAAGGGUGCUCUACGCAAUGUCACACUUUUUUUUAGGUUACAUACAGCCAACAUCGCCUCACUAUCCGUGAGCUGCCUGUCCCCUAAACACACUG